CGGGCGGGCGAGCGCGCGCGCGCACGCACGACGGUUGGGCGCUGCCUCCUGAGGCGGUUUGUUUACGGCUCUCAGCGGAGGAGGAGGAGGAGGAGCGGCGGCGACGGCGACGCACAUUUUGUCUGGUUUCGGUUUUUUUUUCUCUCCCCCACCGACAAGCGAGAGGCCGCCGCUCGAGGAGACGCGGAGCCUGAGGAGAGAGAGAGAGAGAGAGAGGAGAGAGAGAAGCAUCGGGAGCGGCCGCUCGGAGACUGCAAGGCCCCGGGCGGGUGGGCGGGUGGUGGGGAGGGAGAGCGGGAGAUGGAGGGCGGUGCGGCCACGAGGCUGUCGGGUGAUCUGCUGCUCACGGCGGCUCUGCUGCUGCUGCAGAGCGGGGCCGGUGUCAUCCUGGUCAGCGGCGAAUGUGGUGAACCCCCAAGAUUGAACGAUGGAUUUCCAGAUAUUGAUCUUACUCAGACCUCAUUUCCUGUGGGUACGAGAAUUCGUUACAGGUGUAACGAAGGUUUCAGCUUGGCUGAAGGAAAAUCCCCAUUGAUCACUUGCCAGGCUGAUUCAUCAUGGACAGCGUUUGUGACCGUUUGUGAAGCAAACAGCUGUGGUGCGCCGCCAGAUCUUUUGAAUGGAUAUUAUAAAACAACAUCUGUUGUUUUUGGAGGCAUAGUUACAUAUUAUUGUAAUGAAGGAUACAAUUUGGUUGGUAAAGAUACCCAAAAUUGUAUAGCACAUGGUUGGGAUGGCAGAACCCCAGUCUGUGAUGCUGUGACGUGUGAUGAUCUUCCACCAAUUGAAAAUGGAAAAACUCCACCACUACUUCAAGAGAACUGGGAAUAUGAAAAUGCAGCAACGUUUACAUGUAAUCCUACAUAUACAUUGAUUGGUGAAAGAACAAUUUAUUGCCGGGCGAAUGGUACAUGGAGUGAUAUUCCUCCAAAAUGCAAAGUUGUUGAAUGUUUUCGUCCCGAUCCUCCAAUCACAAAUGGAAGAAUAAUAGCAGGACUUGGACCCAAGUACAAGUAUCGUGAGACGAUUAUCUACCAAUGCAAUGAAGGUUUUCGAAUGGUUGGCAAAGAUAGCAUUGAAUGUGGAGAAAAUAGUAUGUUUCCAAAAGCACCUCUCUGCAUUUCAGAUGAAGCCUCCACUGUUAUGCCCACCACAAGAGGACCGGCUGAACCACCAGUCACUGUUCCUGGUCGAGCACCAACUGAUCAGAAGCCCUCUCCUACAAGUGCACCAAAGAAAGAUAUAGGUCUCAUUCUUGGUUUGGUCCUUGGUCUUGGUGCUGCUUCCUUUGUUGGCUUUGGAAUAGCUUACUGGUUUCUUUCCAAAAAAAAGAGAGGAAAUUCUGAGACAGCCGAGAAAGUUCCCAUGAGUUCUCCACCCAAGGAUGUCCAAGCUGAGCCUUUUAGUGAUGAACUCAGGGAAGUCUUUACCAGAAGCCAAAGAGAGAAAAAAGGACAUCAUAUCGAGGGAGAAAAACACACACACAAACAAACGCAUGCACACACAGCUUUGCAUUUCAGACACAAGGAACCCCACCAGAAAGGAAUAUCCAUCUGCAUCGAGUGUUAUUCUGUGUGGGAAAAGCACUUUUUGGAAUCGGAAAAGCAGGGGUUUCCGGAGACACAAUUGGGGGAAAGAGGAAAGAAAAACACACCUCUUGAAAUGUGGGAGAAGAUUAUUAUAGUGGCCACUGUCAUCAUUUCUCCCUGUACUGGCCAACAUUCUGCUUCAUGUGCCCAUGCUCCAAGUCUGCCAUUUGCCGAACCGCUGGAACACUAUUUGUUGCUGCAGAAUUUUUUCGUCGGCACCAAUGUUACCUAUCGCUGUUUGCCGGGUUAUGAAUUGAAUAGCACUGAACCAACUCAUAUCACCUGUCAAGCUAACUUCAAUUGGUCUAAACCAUUGUUCACCUGCAUACCUAAAGACUGUGGAUUUCCGGAGGAUAUACCGAAUGGCACCUACGUAGCUUCUAGUCAUUCAUUCGGCUCAAUUGUGACGUACACCUGCGAUGUUGGGUUUGUUAGUUUCGGCAGAGCAGUUAGACGGUGCACACUUCAAGGUUGGACUGGAAACCUUCCAAUCUGCCAACGUGUUCGCUGUCCUGCUCCUGAUCAGGUUCAAAAUGGCAAAAUAAAGACAGGAUUUCGUCCCCUUUAUAUGUACCAGGAUUCCAUCAGGUACGAGUGUGAUGCAGGUUACCAGUUGUUUGGCUCCAGUGUCAUCACGUGCACAAGCAAUUCGACCUGGGAUCAUCAACCACCCACCUGCCAGCGCAUUUCAAACACAAGUCACUUAAAUGAAAGCCUCGUCAGUACCUUUGCCACGACAGCUAUCAACAGGAUAAUAGAUCAAACCACAGCUCAGUUCCAGCAAUCCAGAGCGACAAGUACUGUGAGCGUCAACAGCACACCUGACAAUUUUUCAAACAUAAGUCACUUAAAUGAAAGCCUCGUCAGUACCUUUGCCACGACAGCUAUCAACAGGAUAAUAGAACAAACCACAGCUCAGUUCCAGCAAUCCAGAGCGAAAAGUACUGUGAGCGUCAACAGCACACCUGACAAUUAUCCGGUUUCCUCUUCUGACAAUCAAAUGUAUAAAUAUUAUUUGGGAGGAGGAGGCGGCUUCAUUGCUUUAAUUGCUGCCGGAUUCUUUGUUAUAUUCCUCGGGAAGAAUCAUUUUCGAAAACAUGGGCUCAGAAGGUGCAUGGUCCGUGUAAAACCUCUACAGAGAGGAAAAAAAGACUCCGAAGACAGUGGCUUCAUACAAGAAAGGGCCAAGUCCGCAGAACAGUAACAAUAGUCCUUGCAAUUGAUCUGUGCGCAUUUCACGUCGGGAAGACAUCUCAAAGUGCGUCACAGGAUGUAAAGGGUAGUGUGUAUAAAGUAUAGAGUAGUGGGUAGAGCGUAGAUUAGUGUGUAGAGUAGUGUGCAAAGUGUAUUUUGUAAGUAACUACUAAUAAUAAUAAUAUUGCUUGCAUUU